CUUUGUUUUUGUUUAAUUUAAAAAAAAUGUCGUUUUUCAGUGGAAUAUUUAAUGCUUCUACUGGUGUUUUUCAACGAAAGAAGAUGAAGAACAAAGGAAAAAAUGAAAAUAUUAGUCCAUUACAUGCGCUGUUGCCUGGCGCUAAAAUUACCAAUGGUGGCUCAAAGAUUUCAGUGAAUGUAGGAAUUUCUCAAGAAACACUGAUAUUUAACAUCGGCGGAGUGAAAUUUGAGACAUAUCGUUCAACUCUGUUCAAACAGCCCAAAAGUUCGCUUGCUAAAAAGGAGUUUUUGUUGAAGCAUUACAGACCAGAAUUCAAAGAUUAUUUCUUUGAUAGGGACCCAGAUACAUUUAAGGUUGUGUUGAAUUAUUUACGUUCCGGCGAACUCCAUUUGCCGACGUAUAUGUGUGGUCCAGCCAUCAAAACUGAACUUGCAUUCUGGGGGAUACCGGAAGGACUUAUAGAAAGAUGCUGCAGCAUGAAUUAUAAUUCCUACAACAAAACUCUUGAUGCGCUAAACCAACUCGAACAUGACCGAAAAGGCAGCUUUAUUUUAUCACAAGAAGAUAGCAAUUCUAAAAACACUUCUACGAUAGAUAGCUUCCGGACGAAAGUGUCUUUUGUGCUGAACCAACCAGAUUCUUCCAAUACAGCCAGGUUGUAUGGCGUUAUAUCACUACUGGUCGUUACAUUAUCAAUAACAUCUUUUCUUGCCGAAUCACACCCUUCAAACCGUAUUACAAAUUACUACACUGAAGUCACACGUGUGUUUAACGAAACAUUGAAUGCAACAGUUGAUAUAGUGACUGAGAAGUCAGAAGAACUUCCUCAUCCGGUUCUACUAAGGAUAGACUUAGCGUGUAUGAUAUUUUUUACUAUUGAAUAUUUGAUACGAGUUCUUACAGCCAGGAAGCGAUUCCGGUAUAUGCGUUCAGUAAUGGGCGUCAUCGAUCUGGUUGCCUUGUUGCCAGAUUAUGUUCAACUACUCAUAUUGGCCUUUGAUCCUGUGCUUGCUGGAACAGACACCGCCAAGAUUAUUGCUAUUUUGAAAGUUACACGUGUUCUCCGGAUUUUCCGUCUGGUCCGACAUAUUCCUGGACUUUGGAUUUUAAUUUAUACAUUAAAAGCAAGUUUAAAGGAGCUGUUAUUGAUGACUGCGUUUUUAAUGGUGGGGAUGCUGAUAUUUUCAUCUCUAAUAUAUUUUGUUGAUGACAGAGAAACAUUCACGAGCAUUCCACAUAGUUUCUGGUGGGCUCUUAUUACUAUGACAACUGUUGGUUAUGGCGACAUGUAUCCCGUGACCGCAUGGGGGUAUGUGAUUGGCUCACUUACUGCCCUGUCUGGUCUUCUUAUGAUUGGAUUUUCGGUACCUAUUCUUGUCAACAACUUUCUUAUGUAUUAUAAAUAUACCGAGAUUGCCAUAGACGAAGAGAGAUUGAAACGUACUAAACUUUCCCAUGAAUCAUCGCACAGUGCUAAAAACAAUGGUGGACUUAAUUUAUCAACCAAUGAAAACAAUAACAAAUGUGAGCAUAUAUUUACUUUGGAAAUGAGUGAGAAACUGUGAAUUAAAUAUAGUAUUAAGAAACUGUACAUUGAUAAAGUAAAACCCUCAGAACACGUUGUAUGUGAAAAAAAUGGUUGUACAUUCUCUCUCUUGAGAAAAUUAAAUUUUCACAUUUCAAAUAAUAUUUUUUCGAGAAUAUGGCCAGCAAAUUACAUGACCGAAAUGUAACCACUUUGUGGUGUAUUUAAAAGGAACAACUGGCCA